AUAUACUCUACUAACUAGCAAGUUUUCAUCUACCAUCAAAAUUUUGGCACUGCAUAUCUACCAACUUAAAAUCUUUUUUUUUUUUUCAUUUCAUUUGUCGUACUUAUUUAAAAUAGAUGAACCAAAAUAAUUGUCAUAUCAAAAGAUUAAGAUAGAAUUAUUUGUUACAUUAAGUUCUCUAAAUAAAGCAUGACAAGCACCCGGGGGAGUAAUACUACUUUUCUUGGGGUCAACUACGGUAGUGUAUGGAUGGUGCAAAAAUACCAUAAAUCUUGGGGAGGAAAAGGUGAAAAGCGUUUUACCUUAAAACAAGUGAAAGUUAAAAAGGAUAAUACCAACAAGUAUUGAAGUAAUGGAUUAGAAAAGGAAGAGAUUAAUGAGAAACACGAGUCCCUCGGUGUGUUGAAAGAAAAGCCAAAAAACAAAGCCCACGCGAAAGAACAAGAGAAGGAAGAGCAAGGAAACAAGGAACCACAAUUAGAGGGGCUCUCUCUUUGGACUCAUUCGCUUUGAUCGCAUCUCCUUCACUCUCUCUCUCCCAUAUGCUUCAAUAAAGCAUUUUAGCAUAGCAAAUCAAGGCGAAGCAAUCAAGUAAAAAGAUAAUAAAUAAAAGCAAAAGUUUCUUAGGUGGAAACAAAGUGUGGUGCAUCAUGGUCAUGUGUUGGUAUUCUUGAAAAUUGGGUUGAGUUUGGCUUCUUCUUCUCCAGCACAAAAAAAAAAAAAGAUAAUUCAUUCAACUCCCAAAUUUCCUCUUUAAACACCUCUCUUUCUUUCUUUCUCUCAAGAAUCAAAAAAGAAAAAAAAGUUUCUUUCUUGUCCUUGAAUACUUGUAUUCUUUUUUCACUUCUUGAUAUUUCCUUUGGUUGGUCAUUGGAAAAAGGCUUCCAUAGUUUGUGGCAUCUUCUUCUCCCCUUCAUGUUGUUUAUGUGUUUGCCUUAAUUUGGCCUUUCCUUUCUCACCACUCUUUAUCAAUCAAAAUCUCUCUUCAUUGCCAUCAUAUACCCUUAAUUUCUCCAUAUAUUAACCUUUCUGUUUUUGAUCAUAUACUUCAUUCUUCAAUGGCCGUUCAAGCUCAAUACCCAUCAAAUGUUCACCUUUUCAACAGAAGUGUACAAGAACGAAAGAGUCCACUUGGCAAAGAUGAUUAUUCGUUGCAACCUCAACCUGGUGGAGGAUCAAUUCUUGAUCACACACAAAUGCUAUUCAAUCCAGGAGCUGGCUCUAAUCGUUCGUGCAAGAGACGAAGAGAAAUUAGCGCCCAUACUGGUACAACAACAGCGAUGAAUGCAUUAGUCUCAUUUCAAUCUCAGCCGCAGGUCAUUGACCUUACUCAACUCCAGACGCAUCCCCAGCAUCAACCAAAUGUCGUCUCCACCGGCCUCCGUUUAGCUUCCGGAGAACAGCUACAACAAUACCAACAGCACCAAUUACAACAACAGUAUCACCAUCAACAACAUUCUCUUUCUCCUCAGUCUUCCCAAUCAUCGGCCUUCUAUUCCAUAUUAUCAGAAGAUAUGUCCACAAUUAUCAAACAACAUCGCGAUGAAAUUGAACAAUUCCUCCAUGUUCAGAGAGAACAAUUGAGGCGUACAUUAGAGGAACAAAGGCGGACACACUAUCGUGCACUGCUCGGAACCGCUGAAGAAUCAAUGGCGAGGCAGUUGAAGGAAAAGGAAGCCGAGGUGACAAAAGCGGCUCGGCGCAACGCCGAAUUAGAAGCCCGUGCAGCGCAGCUGAGUGCGGAGGCGCAAGCGUGGCAGGCAAGGGCAAGAGCGGAGGAAUUCACCGCCGCAACGCUGCAGGCACAGCUGCAGCAGGCGAUCGUAAAUGGCGGAGGUUGCGACGGAGAUGUCGCCGGCAGCGGCGGCGGUGGUGGCUCCGGUGAAGCGGAGGAUGCUGAGUCGGCUUACAUUGACCCGGACAGAGUUGUUGAGUCAACCGGGCCGAGUUGUAAGGCGUGCCGGAAGCGAGUUGCAUCGGUGGUGCUGUUGCCGUGUAGGCAUUUGUGUGUGUGUACAGAUUGUGAUGGUGUGGUGCAAGCUUGUCCACUUUGUCUCUCUGUUACAACAUCAAGUGUUGAGGUUUUCUUUUGUUAGAAGCCCAAUUCUAGGCCCAUUUUCUUUGAAGCCCAGGCCCAAAUAUUAUGAACUGAGAACAGAGUUUCUAACUAAUGUAUGUAUGCAAUGGUAUUUGAAGUAAAAAAGAAAAAAAAUUAAAAGAAAAUGCAAAGAUAAUAAUCAAUUAUAUUUUUCAAAUUUAUGAAAAAGGCCUGUAUCAAAGGUUAUUUUUCUCUUUU